GAAUAUGACGAAUUUUCUUCACCAUAGUAGGAUGUGAUAAACGGGUGUGUUUACCGUUUCCGCAUUCAUUCACAGGACAGGACACACGGAGCAACAUGGCUGCUAUUGGCAGUAUAGUGGACAAUUUAGCCGGUUUUUGGCGACGGUCGAACACGCGUGCUUAUUUGGCAUGUUUAUUCCUUUUUAUUACACUUUUAGGAUCGGUUUUAAAAGAAACGGAACUUGUGCCUGAGAGCUACUUCAGCAACAGAAGAAACGUUUUAAAUGUAUAUUUUGUGAAGAUUUCUUGGGGAUGGACCCUUGGUUUACUGCUGCCAUUCAUUCUACUCUCCAACACUUACAAGAAACCCUGGACGUUUGUGUUGAAGCGUCUGACGUCACUUCCGGUGGCAACAUUGAUCUGGUACACCUGCACUGAGACUUUCUUCUACAUUGAAGAUAUUACAGGUUCAUGCUAUGAGUCAGAUACCAUGCAGGUCAUCCACGGUAACAUAACCACAAUGGCAGCAUGCAGGAAGGCUGGAUUCAUAUGGGAUGGCGUUGAUAUAUCCGGACACUCUUUUAUCUUGGCUUACUCUGCUCUUGUUAUUGUGGAAGAAAUGAUGGCCGUGUCACACAUACCGAGUUCUGACAGAAAUGUUUUUCUUAACUACCUUUAUAUAGCCCUUAACGUGAUUGUGGCUAUCUGGUUACUGAUGUUCACAUGUACGUCAAUAUAUUUCCAUCAUUUCGGUGACAAGCUUCUGGGAACAUUGUCUGGAAUAAUGGGAUGGUAUAUGACCUAUGUUGUUUGGUACCCAAAGUUUAGUUUUCCAGGUCUUCCUCCAAAGGAAAGUAAGGAGAAAAAACAUCCUUAAUGUUAGAAUUGAAAACACAUCUAAACGUUCUCAUCAGUUUAUUUUUGAGUUACAUCUUCAUAGUUUGUGCUUUAGUCUGUUGUCUCAUGGAAAGUACACUUGGAGCUGCCCAUGUUAGGCAGCUGGUAUUCCCCACAUGACAAUCUGUAAUAUGAGAGAGAUAUUAUGAGGACACAUUCGGUGAUCCUUAUUGUCGCCUUAAGAAGUUUUCUGGAUAUACACAGGGCUGAAAUUGCAAACGUUUUGCCUUAACAUUACACUGCAACCUUAUGUAAUCGAAUCUGCAACCAUCAGCUUAGCUGACUUGACAUUUGAUAGUUGCAAUUUUUCCCUUGUCACCAAUACAUAUUUAUAAUUAUUUAUUAAUUUCAAAAAUAUAUAUGGUGCUCUGGUUUGACAAAACAUUUUAUUUGUGUGUAACACUUUUGUUCAAGAUCUCAAUUUAUGGUAUGAGUUUAUGGUGCAUACUUGUAUUAUGAUUUGAUAAAGUACAUUCAUUGAGAUCUUAUGAUCUGUCUACCUAACCUGUUGUUUGUUCAUAAUGUAUGUGCCAUUCUUAAAGGAACACGGUGACUUUUUGGGACUUUAGCUUAUUCGAUGUAUCCCCCAGAGUUAGAUAAGUCCAUACCUUUUUCAUCUCUGUGUGCAACCACCACUAGCCUAGCUUAGCACAAAGACUGGAAGUAAAUGGCUCCAGCUAGCAUACUGGGAACUAUAUUCUCAGAAGGCGAAGUACUGCUACUUGGGUGGAGGGGUUUGCUCGCAGCCCCUGAGAAGCCCCGUAGUGAGGAGCAAAGAGUUUGCGCUAAUCCCUCUGCCCAAGUAGCAUUGCUUCGCCUUCUGAGAAUAUAGUUCCUAGUAUGUAUACGGUUAAAAGAUGGCUGUGUCAGAUAUGACUUUGUUAUUUGUACAUGCUGUGACUAUACAAAUCACAACAUAUUUAAGAAAAUGUUGGUGUUAUUUUUCACUUAUUGGGAGCAGUAUGCUAGCCAGAGCCAUUUACUUCCAGUCUUUGUGCUAAGCUAGGCUAGCGGUGAUUGUGUCAGACAGAGUUAUGGGACACACGGAGAUGAAAAGGGUAUGUAUGGACUUAUCUAACUCUGGGGGAUACAGUGAAUAAGCUAAAGUCCCAAAAAGUUGGCGUGUUCCUUUAAGGGCGAUUUAUAGUCGCUCGUAGGUUCUACGCCGUAGCCUGUGCGUAGCUCUGCGUAGCCUGACGCGCACCUCACAAAAAAUUUAACAGCGCGUCAGAUCUACGCGGACCGCAAGCGCUGUGAUUGGUCCACCAGAACCCCUCCCGUCAGGUAAAAAAACUGCGUCAUAGGUAUUUCCGUUUGUGACGGUGAAAACAAAGAUGAGCCAAGUUGAGGAGUGAUUUAACUCAAACUGCAUCAAAAGUCGCUGUUUAUUUACUUCCAUCAUUGCUGGUCUUCUCAAAUCAUACACAACAAGUUGCUGUUUCUUCUUCGUUUGUGGGUUAACUUGCUAAGCUUCUUCUUCUUUCACGUUUGUGCUGCUACUGUGGUUACACGCGUGGAUACUGCCUACCAGCGGUCGCGCGUGUGUUUGCACGUCGACGCGGACGACGACGCAAAAGUAUAAAUGAAAACCGACGCGGAACCUACGCCAUCGCUGCUACGCCGUAGGACCUACGCACGACUAUAACGAGCCCUUUAAGUGAUAAAUCUUGAUGUUCUCCAAUCUUCACUACCGUUCAAAGUUUUGAAAUACUUAUUCUUUAUUUAUAUUUUUCCACAGUCUAAAAUAAUAAUCAACUCAUCAAAACUAUGGAAUUACACAGUCAUAACUAUAGGAAGUAUUGUGUGAUUAAAUGCAUCCAAAAUUGCCCAAUCUGUGUUAUAUUUUAGCAUUGUCAAAAUAGUUACCCUUUGCCUAGAAUUUGCAAAACCAUCCUGGCAUUUAAUGUCAAGCAGAUGAUUUUGAAACCUGGAAAUCUUUCACAGACUUGUAUUCGCUGCUUUUUCUUCAUUAUUUAGUCCAGUUGUUGGCUUUGUCUACUAAAGUAAUUUCAAACAUUUAAAGAUACCUUCAGAUUUAAAAAAAAAUGUAAGAUCACGUGAAACAUUUCAGUCAAGUGUUUAAAAACUUUCGAAUGCUAGUGGGGGUGUUGUCAAUGGUAAAAGAUUGAAUUGGUUUAGGUUAGUUUUAGUAUGGAAAACGUUCUCUUUGUCUCCUAGUUUUCCAUACUUUAGGGGACCGGAUUAAUACUGCACUGUUUGAGUGUAUAGUGUAAAACUUGUUGCAUGCUAAAUACUGUGUGUGUGUUAAUAUACAUAUACACGAAUCCACAUUUGAAGUGGAUCAAAAAAGUUAUUGGGUUUGGGUAUUAAGACAACUUUUUAAAAGGUUUUGAUGCACUUCAAAUGUUAACUAGUAUAGUUUGGUUUCUUAAUGGUAUUUAAGUUUAACGAUCCAUGCAAAUUAAAUGUAAAUUCAUUGUAAAAUAGCUAUAAUGCAAAAUGGGAACAUGCUGCCUGUAGACGCACAUCCUUGUUUGUUACAUUGGUCUCUAUUAAGGCAAUAAUUAAUUACAGAAAGGUUCCAAGGGAAGCAAAAGUUAAUAUCUUAUUAAAUUACAGUUGUUGAAUUACAAUUACAGUGUUGUUGUAUGUUACUCAUUUAAACUGAAUGUUGACAGUACACUACUGUAUUUAGCUCCUGUUUGCACACAAACAGAACACUAGAACCUUGAGAAAACCUUAAAUAAAAUACAUUUGUUAAACUGG